AUGGCCACCCGAUCCGGCGUGAUCCUCGUGGAAUCACGAACGACAACCAUGAAACGAUUCACCACCGCGCUCGCCGCCGCCGCGAUGAGCAUCGCUGCGCUCUCGACCGCCGCCUCCGCGCAGGUCGGCCAGAUCGACGCGAUCGGCCUCGACCGCCUGAUCGAGCAGGACCCCGACGUCUCCGCCCGCGCGUUCGAGGCGAUGGGCGUCGCGAGCGGCACCGUCGCGCUGUUCGACGUCCCCGCCGAGGCCCAGCCGUUCGAGACGCAGAUCCCGUUCUUCGGCGAGGUCGCGACGAUCCGCGUCGAGCCCUACUCCGUCCGCGCCCCCGGCUUCAAGCUGCUCACCCAGCUCGCCGACGGCUCGUACAUCGAGCUCGAGCCCUACGCCCCGCGCACCGUCCGGGGCGAGAUCGUCGGCAUCCCCGGCUCGUCCGUCUCGGGGUCCGUUGAUGAGAAGGGCUUCCAGGGCGUCAUCGAGAUCCCCGCGGAGGGUGUCCGGCUCGUCACCGAGCCGCUCGUCGAGAUGAUCGACGGCGUCACCCGCCGCCACCACGUCAUGUACGACCAGGCCGACGUGCUCAACUUCAACGGCACCUGCGGCGGCAUCGACAUGAUCGACCCCGACCUCAUGCCCCCGGCCGAGGCGCCCCGCGGCGUCGAGCUCGGCUCGGGCGACUGCGGCGGGCUCUGCAUCGCCGAGCUCGCCUGCGACAUGGACGUCGAGUGGAACAACGAUUUCGGCGGCAACGGCGCGCAGCAGAUCGAGAACAUCAUCAACACGAUGAACAACCAGUACGAGACGCAGGUCGGCAUCACCCACCAGAUCACGACCAUCGUCACCCGCUCCGGCCCGACCAACUCCGACCCCUACAACUCCACCGACCCCGGCACCAUCCUCAACGAGUUCACCUUCCACUGGAACUCCACGAUGGGCGGCGUCCCGCGCGACGUCGCCGAGAUGUUCUCCGGCAAAGAGUGGCAAGGCUCGACCAUCGGCCUCGCCCCGGUCGGCGUCAUCUGCAUCACCAACUCCGCCUACAACAUCGUCCAGAACGUCGGCGGAUUCGGUUGCCGCACCGACCUCUCCGCGCACGAGCUGGGCCACAACUGGAACUCGCUGCACUGCUCCUGCCCCGGCUUCACGAUGAACCCCUCGCUCACCUGCGCGAACCAGUUCACCAACCAGUCCAUCAACUCCAUCACCGCGCACCGCAACUCCCGCGGCUGCCUCGAGGCCUUCGAGGCCGGCGGCGCCCCGCUGCCGUUCUUCGACGACUUCCCCUCCACCACCAUCAACCCCGCUCACUGGACCGGCAUCGACGGCGGCGUCGCCAUCAACACCCUCGGCAUCAACGAGCCGAGCGGCGCCCUCUCGCUCAACGUCACCGGCGGCUCCGAGCUCCGCUCCGGGCGCAUGAACGCCACCUUCCAGGACAACCUCGUCAUCAGCUACUUCUACCAGCGCACCGGCAACGGCAACUCCACCGAGACCGGCGACGACCUCAUCGUCGAGUUCUUCGACGAGAACAACCAGUGGAUCGAGGUCGACCGACAGCUCGGCUCCGGCCCGGACAUGACCGUCUUCGAGUCCUCCUCCGUGCAGCUGCCCAACUCGGCCGAGCACGCCGACCUCCGCAUCCGCUUCCGCAACCCCUCCGCGAACGCCGGGUUCGACGACUGGUUCGUCGACGACGUGAGCGUCGACUCCGUCGCCGCGGUCCCCGGGGACUUCAACCUCACCUCGCCCGCCGACGGCGCGAUGGGCCUGGGCACCGGCCCGACGUUCAUCUGGGAGACCUCCGAGAACGCCACGUUCUACGAGAUCUCGAUCGACGACGACUCGGACUUCUCGAGCCCGAUCAUCGACGGCGCGCAGACCCCCUUCCCCAACUUCUCCGCCUCCGGCGGCACGCUCGAGCUCGGCACCGAGUACUUCUGGCGCGUCGACGCCGUGAACAUCAACGGCGCCACCGCCGGCAACCCCGACCCCGCCUCGUUCUUCACCAUGUUCGACCUGCCGGACCCGUUCUUCAUGUUCGGCCCCGGCGCGCUCGUCGGCGACACGCCCCCGGUCCUGCCGGAUCUCGAGCCCGUGCUCACCUGGUCCGAGUCCGCCGACGCGACCGGCUACGAGGUCAUGAUCGACGACAACCAGGACUUCUCCAGCCCCGUGCUCGUCGACAGCGGCCCCUUCAACUUCAACGCGGGCGGCGCGCCCCCGGCCUUCGAGUUCCCCGUCCCCGCGGGCGCGCUCUCCGGCGGCACCGUCUACUUCUGGACCGUCACCGCCACCAACCCCGGCGGCUCCACCGUCGCCGGCCAGGGCGCGCUCACCUUCCAGACUCCCGGCAUGAUGGCCGACGUCUGCCUCGGUGACUGCGACGACAACAACGAGGUCGACUUCAACGACCUCGUCUCCAUGCUCUUCGCCUUCGGCCCCGCCGCCGGCGCGGACGAUCCCUGCGACGCCGACGAGAGCGGCACCGUCGAUUUCAACGACCUCGUCGCCGCCCUCUUCCUCUUCGGGCCCUGCCCGAGAGACCAGACCAUGAAACGCAGAACACUGGCUUCGAUCACCGCCACCGCCGUUUUCGCCGCCGGCCUCGUCGCCGGCGCCGCCUCCUUCGCCAACGCGCAGCAGGACGGCAAAGCCAAGUCCAACGAGAAGGACAACGGCGCGCUGUCCACCAACGGCGUCAAGCCGGCGCCCCCCACGACCUCCAUCGCCCCCAAGCAGGACGUCCCCGGGCAGGAGCCGCGUGAGAAGUCCGACGGCGUGCUCACCUUCGAGUUCACGAGCCACGACUUCGGCCUCAACCCCGACGGCACCGAGCUCACCGUGAAGUUCCCCUUCACCAACACCGGCAACGAGCCCAUCUACAUCGAGUCGACCCGCACGAGCUGCGGCUGCACCGCCGCCGUCGUCGACAAGAAGGAAUACGCCCCGGGCGAGGGCUCGUACAUCGACGUGACCUUCAAGCCCAAGGGCGCCAAGCGCCAGACCAAGAACGUCACGGUCGCCACCAACUCCCGGCUCAAGCCCACCAUCACCCUCGCCGUCAUCGCCGAGGUCGUCCAGAUCAUGGACAUCAACCCCCGCGUGGUCCAGUUCGGCGAGGCACUCAUCGGCGACGAGCAGGAGCUCUUCGUCACCGUCUUCUCCAAGGACCCCGACUUCGAGAUCAAGGACGUCAGGAUCAACGGCAACGUCGGCCUCACCGCCGAGCUCAUGAAGGAGAUCCCCGCCGAGGUCAAGAAGGACUUCCCGGGCAAGCGCCAGAUCAAAAUCACCGUUCCCGGCGACCUGCCCAUCGGGCGCGUCGCCGCGACCCUCGAUAUCGACGCCCUCGCCGACUACCAGAACGCCGACGGCGUCACCGAGCAGUCCGAGCAGCACCAGACCAUCCAGGUCCUGGGCCGCAUCGUCGGCAACCUCAAGUCCUCCCCCACCGCCAUCCGCAUGCUCCCGCUCCGUCCGAAGGAGGACUUCUCCUACGAGACCCGCAUCACGCACCGCGGCGACAAGUCCUUCGUCAUGACCCAGGACGACGUCACCAUCCUCCGCUCCUCCAUCCCGGGCGUCGAGGCCGUCAUCGCUCCCUUCGAGGACAAGGGCGAGAAGGGCUACGUCCUCACCAUCAAGGGCAACGCCGGCAACCACCGCGGCGCGUUCCGCGGCACGAUCGCCGUCGGUUCGAACAUCGAGGGCGAGCCGCCCAUCCGCGUGAACUUCUCCGGCUCCGUCCGGCACGCCCGAGACGGCGUGCCCUUUUUUUUGCGCGCCGAUCCGAACGUCCGAGAACCCCCCGCCCGGCGCAUCCGGUUCACCGAGAUGAGAGAGACACACCCCAAGACCGUCCAUAACGCCCCCCGGACCGCCCUCGCGCUGGCCGCGCUGGGCCUCGCGCUCGCCGGCUGCGCCGGUUCGAGUAAUCCUGAGUGGUACGCCGCCCGCCAGUACAUGGGCAACGAGCCCGUCGCCGCGCUGCCCGCCCCGGGCAUCUACGGCUACGCGCCGACGGCGAGCCUCUACGCCACCCCCAACGCGGGUUCCGAGAUCCACCGGCGCAACGGCGCGCUCAGCGCCCGAUACGCGGCGCCCUUCAAGGCCCAGGCCCAGUGGCCCGAGCCCUUGCCCCCGCGCGAGGAUCCGAUCCGAUUCCACCGCUGGUUAGCCCUCUGCCAUACUUCGAUCGUGGGGAAAUUCCCGCGCCGCCCCACCCGUCAGAUGGAGCCACCAGAAGCCAUGGCCACGAUCACCAAGAAGGAUCUCAUCGAUCGCAUCGCCGACCAGACCGGCCAGCGACGCGUCGCCGUCAAGAAGACCGUCCAGAGCUUCCUCGACCAGGUCAUCCUCGAGCUCGGCAAGGGCAACCGCCUCGAGUUCCGCGACUUCGGCGUCUUCGAGAUCCGCGAGCGCAAGGCCCGCAUGGCGCAGAACCCCAAGACCCUCGAGCGCGUCCACGUGCCCGCCAAGAAGGUCGUGAAGUUCAAGGUCGGCCGCCUCAUGCAGCAGUCCCUCGAGGACGAGAUCGAGUUCGAGAUGGGACUCCGCCGCGCGCUGCCGCCGAUCAGCCCGCCCGCCGACGGCGCCAUCGACCUGCGAUCCAACGACUGCCUCCGCCUCUGCACACACCCCCGCCUCGCGAAGGCGGCGCACGACGCGGUCGAUCGCUUCGGCCUCGGGGCCGGGUCGUCCCGACUCAUCGCGGAGCGCACGGGCUUCGUCCGCGAGAUCGAGGCGAAGAUCGCGGGGCGCAAGGGCGUGGAGCGGGCGCUCUUCACGCCCACCGGCUACAGCGCCAACACCGCCCUGCUCCAGGCGCUCGCGGACGAGAACACGCUCCUGCUCCUCGACAAGCUCGCUCACGCGAGCCUGAUCGACGGCGCCCGCCUCGCGACCCACAAGGGGCAUCCCGUGGGGGCGACGCUGCGCACCUUCGCGCACAACGACGCCGGCCGGGCCCGCGCCGUCGCGUGCAAGCACCUCGAGAAACACCCGGACGCGAACGUCCUGCUCGUCACCGAGUCCGUCUUCUCCAUGGACGGCGACCUCGCGCCGAUCGACGCGCUCGCGGACCUCCGCGACGAGCUCGCCGACCGUGCGCCCUGCGCGCUGAUCGUCGACGAGGCCCACGCGACCGGCGUCCUCGACGAGCGCCACGCACAUCGCGCCGACGUCCGCGUGAUGACCGCCUCCAAGGCGCUCGGCUCGCUCGGCGGGAUCGUCCUCGGCCCGAACGCCGUCAUCGACACCGUCCUCAACGAGGGGCGGGCGUUCAUCUACUCGACCGGCGCGCUCCCCCUCCAGGCGGCGUGCAUCGACGAAGCGCUGCGCGUCCUCGACGACGAGCCCGAGCGGCGCGAGCGACUCCUCGCGGACGCGCACACGAUCCGCGAGAUGCUCGCCCCGCUCGGCGUGCCAUCGUUUGACGAGCACCCGACGCACAUCGUCCCGAUCGUCCUGGGCGAGACCGACCGCGCCGCCCGCGCUCGCGACGCGCUGGCCGAGCAGGGCGUCCUCACCGCCCUGGUCCGCCCGCCGACGGUGGCGCCGGGGUCGUCAAGGCUGCGGCUGAGUUUGCACUGCGAAUUGACGGAAACGGACCUCCGGCGCGUCUCGGAUAUGACACCACGCCUUGCCCCGUUUCUGGCCCUGGCCCUCGCGUUCGGCGCGAGCGCCGCCGCCCCGGCCGACGAGCACCCGACACCCUCGGAGAUCACCGCGGCACUGGAAGCCGCGUACGACCGAGGCGAAACGCUCCCGCCCGAUCAAUCGGACGCCUUUUCACGGCGUAUCGAAGCCCUGAUCUCCGAGGCGUCCUCGCCACUCGAGGCGUUCGAGCUCAUCGGCGACGGCUUCGACAUCGCGAGCCUCAGCGCCGCCGACGGGGCCGAGCGGAUCCGCUCCAUGCUUCACUCGCACGCGACCCGUGUCCUGCGGGACGCGCCGGCGGACGGCUCGCUCGCGGGGGAAACCUGGGCGUUCCUCCGCAAGAACUACCGCCGCCCGAGGGUGUGGAUCGACGCGGGGCGCAAGCCGGAGGUCAUGCAAGAGCUGCGGUUCCAGCUCGAGCUGUGGUCCGUCGAUCGGUCGCUGGAGCCCCUGGCGCCGCUCAUCGGCGCGUGCGCCGUCGAGGCGGCGCUCGCGAUCACGCGAGAUUCGAGCAACGGCGUGCUCAACGACGCGCAGGCCGAGCGGGCGAUCGCGACGGCGACCAAAUUCCUCGCGCGAUACGGGGACGAUGCGCCGCCCGGCGAGACCUCGACGUUCGCCUCGCGCUACGCGGGGUUCGAGCACGAGAUCCGAUCGCUCCGCGUCGGAGCCAUGUUCCCGCCGGUCUCCGGCGAGACGCUCUCGGGCGAGCCCGUCGCGAUUCAGGAUUUUCGCGGGCGCGUCACGCUCGUCUCGGCGUGGGCGUCGUGGUGCGCGCCGUGCAUCGCCAUGUUCCCCCACGAACGGGCGCUGCUCGAAGAACUCGGGGGCGAGCGCUUCGCGAUCCUCGGCGUCUGCACCGACCGCGACCUCGCUCGCGGGCUGCGCGUCCAGAGCGAGCACGCCCACGCGUGGCCCAACCUCUGGGCCGAGAAGGACGGGAGCACCGUCGCGACGGAUCUCGCCCUUUCCGCGCUGCCCACAUAUUUCGUGCUCGAUGCGCAAGGCCGCAUCGUCGCCAGGCUCAUGAGCGGCGGCGAGGACAUCGCCCGCGAGCUCCGGCGGGUCGUGAUCGAGGCGAUCGGCGUGUCCCACGAGCCAUCCCAGCUCGACCAGCUCUUCGGCGCCCUGAGCGACCCCACGCGCCGGGCGAUGCUCGAGCGUCUCGCGGUCGAGAACGACCUGCCCGUGGGCGAGCUCGCCAGGCCCUUCGAUAUGACGCCGCCCGCGAUCUCCAAGCACCUGCGCGUGCUGGAGCGCGCGGGGCUCAUCGUGCAGCACAAGGAGGGGCGCGUGCGCCGCUGCCACCUGAACCCCGAAGCAUUGAAAGCCGCCGACCAGUGGAUCGAGACCUACCGCGCCUUCUGGACGCGCCAGCUCGACGCGCUCGACGCGUACAUCACCUCCCAGAACCGAAUCAUGAGCGAAACCCACACCGAGAUCCUGCCCGACGGCCUGCGCCUCACGCGCACGUUCGACGCCCCGCGCGAGUUCGUCUUCGACGCGUGGAUGAACCCCGAGCGCGUGCAGUCCUGGUGGGGGUGCGCCCAGACGACGAAGGUCGUCUCCACCAUCGAGCCGAGGGUCGGCGGGGCGUACAACCACCUCAUGACCAUCGACGGGUGCGGCGAGCACCCCUACGCCGCGACCAUCACCGCGUACGACCCGCCGAACACCUUCACCUACGAAUCCGAGAUCCCCGCGUGCGAGAUGACCGAGGGCAAGGCGAUGCGCAUCCGGAACGUCGUCGAGUUCAUCGAGGAGGGGAGCGAUCGCACGAAGCUCAUCGUCACCACCACCGGCAUCUCGACGGAGACGAUGCGGGGCAUCAUCGGGCAGGGCUCGGCCGCGUCCAUCGAGAAGCUCGCCGCGCACAUCGAAUCCGCCGCCACCGCGUAA